AUGGCUCAAGCAAACAACGAACCGUCGAGAAACUAUCAGAACGAGAUUGCUCUUCCAACAGACCCAUUCUCGGCUCCAGUCAUGCCCGUCGCGAACAGCUCUACCCAAACAGAGCCAGAACCUGCUCUCUUCACGUUCAAUCCAAUGACCGACCCUUUCCAUCCUGACUCCAUUGACAAGCAGGGCAGCUCCUCGACAAAAGACGAUAGCUACUUCUUCGAUCAGAAUCCCGUCUUCGACAUUCCUCUUAUAGCAGACUCUCAGUGCAUUUCACAGGACUUCAACUUUGAACUGGCUACGAACAUCAACCACGACGUUUCCAUGGACUACACGCCCAUAACCGAACCCAUGAUUCCAGCGCCGACCAUGGAGUCAUUGGAGCUUUCAAUCCAAAUCCUGUGGGCCGAGCAUCAAAUGACAACUCGGUAUCUAGAAGGGCGAUUGGCCGAGACUAUCGCUGCAUCCGACAGCCUCCGGAAGGAUGUAGACGCGAUGGCGGAGUGGAUCCAGCGCAUUUACGAUCACCUCGAUUCAUCGCUAGCGCCAUCCGCCUCUACUGAGAACGGUUCACAGGAACGCGUCGAGUAA